CCCUCUCCGCAGAAUGUCCGUUCAAGCCCGAGUCGUGCUGGCCGUCGCCCUCGUCCUCGUCGUGCUGGCCGUGUUCACCGAGCCCGUGUCCGCCGGCUACAGGAAACCCCCCUUCAAUGGGUCCAUCUUCGGCAAGCGCUCCGGUGGAGAUGCUGUCUACGAACCCAGCAAGGCCCUUGCCUCUGCCUGCCAGAUCGCUGUCGAGGCCUGUUCUGGCUGGUUCCCCGGACCCGAAAAGAAGUGAAUUACUUAUAAUGAAUAAGGCGAGUUACCCCUACGCCGCAGAUACACGACCCACGUUUUCUCUGACCUUUUGACCUGAGCGGCGGAUGUAAACAAUUAUAGAAAUCCUCGACAAGUCUCCGUGUUUUCCAUCAUUUGGUGUAUUGCAGAAAAAAAUAGUAAUAUGGAUGUAAAUCAAUAGCCAACACAUGUUUAUAUUCGCCGUACAUAUUUAUCCUCCAUUACCAGUUGUUUAUUUGAUUCUCUUUAUACGGGAAAAUGCAGCCAUCAUAGACUAUGUCGACAUGCUCACUCUGGGGCUUUGUUUACUUUUAGAUGUUGGGCCCCUCAGUAAGGAUAAUGUCAAUGACAGUUUCCCCAAAAUCUAUUACAAAAUAAAGAAAAAUCCAACCUCUGCCCCUCCCCUUACAUUACCAUUGUCAGAGAAUAAAUGUAUUUGUUGUAAGAAUAUAUGGAUAAUUUUGUGAUUAGAUAUUAGAUACAUUGAUAAAUGUAACAACGUUGACUCAUAAAUAAACGUGGAAUACUGCCUACGAAAUUCAAUAAACUACUAUCGAGCUAAUCCCAAAGCUGUACUUUUUUAUAUCCCAUUAUCUGACGUUGCAGUUGCAUCCGCCACACAGGAAUUAGAACAUUGGAUUGUCCUCAGAAAUGAAAAAGCUUGGAAAAAAAAUUCACUUGGGUAUUCCACACAUAACAACAAGUUUUAUGUGUCUCAUUCUCCGGUAUGGAAUGGAUUCUAUAAGCAUAGCGUGUGUAAAGAAAAAAAAAUUAAACGUCUGAAUUUGGAUAAUCUAAUGAUAUAUUAAUAUAUGAAUUCUCAGUAGAAAUAUAUGUUUUUUUCUUGAAUCCAAAGCAUAAUGAAACACCAUAAGGAUUAUCAACAGAAAAAAAAACAUCCUGAAGUGACUCGAUAUUCACUAUUAAGAAUUAUAACGAGGAAAUGCUGAGUACACUGCAAUGAAUAUUUCUAUGUGAAUUAAUUAUCAAAUCGCAUCCUUUUUUCUUCAAAAAAUCUAUUUGAUAAGUCUCUCUAAAUUCACUUCUCGAAAAAGAGGAAAUGUUAUACACAGAGCUUCAAGUAGUAGUUUGUUGAAUUUCUGUAGUAUAAUGGUUGAACAUGAACGGAAAGACCGCAAAAUCUCAAGCCAACACAAAAAGGAAAAUACACGUCUAUGAAAAUAAUCCAGGAUAUCUUUCCUCAUUUUUUUCACUCAUUUCUUAUCCCACUCUCCAGCACAUUGCCUCCAUUAUGUAAAACGCAAAUGAGGUAAAUUAUUCUUCAAAAUGCAGGGUUUAAGAUUACAGAUGAAACUUUGGCGUAUUUCUCGUGGAAUGAAUACUUAAGAAAACAAACUACUUUUAAGCAUUACACAAGAAAAACCUGUUAUUAUCAGAAUGUGACAAGAGGCGUGUGUUGCUCUUGAGGCUGCCCCCUCCCACCUUUUCCUUUCUGUUCCCCAUCAUUCCUCUUCCUCUUCCCUCUCCCUUCAGCCCUUCUCUUUUUCCAUCUUCAAUUUGCUUCCUUUGCCUGCACAGCAUAACCCAUACUCUUUCUGCCUAAUGUGAUCUGUAGUUACAUCCAAUCUCCACACUGGUGCCAACAGCAUCAAUAAAUGUCGCAAGAUACUUU